AUGGAGUCGAUAUCACAUCAACAAUUUGUGGAUGAUACCCUUCUAUGCGAACAGUCUUCACUUCAAGAGGCCAAAGUAAUUAGAAGGACAACAAACACCUUUUGCAGAGCUACUGGACAACAGGUCAAUUGGGAAAAAUCUGAAGUUCUUUUUUUCAAUACCAAGGGUAACAGACAACAAGAAAUAUCUAACAUCUUAGGAGUCAAAAUGGGCACUUUACCGGGAAAAUUCUUGGGUACCCCCUUAUUUGGUGGGCUAAAUCACACUGCUUUAUGGAACAACCUUAUUGAUAGUUGUGCUAACUGUCUUGAGGGUUGGAAAAGUAAAUGGCUCACUCUGGUUGGGCGUAUUAUGUUCCUUAAAUUGGUUCUCUCUGCUCUUCCCAUAUAUUCCAUGACGGCUCUAAAGAUUCCAAAGAAAGUGAUUAGCUACAUAAACAGAGGAAUGAAAAAAUUUCUAUGGAAUGGCAAAGAGACAACUUACAAAAUCCCCUUGGUUGCGUGGGAUAAAGUUUGUCAAUCCAAACAGGCAAGGGGUUUAGGAUUCUGGAACUGGACUCUGCUAAAUCAAGCAAUGGGGGCAAAAUUGAUAUGGCAGAUUUAUUCUCACCAAAAUCAGAAGUGGACACAAAUCUUAAAACACAAGUAUCUUGAUCAGAUGAGCAGAGAACGUAUAUUUACCAUCAAUGCCCUACCUAAAGGCUCUGCUAUCUGGAACUUUAUCGUUUCUUGUAGACAUGUUAUUACUGAGCACAUCACUUGGGAAUUAGACAAUGGGACAUCGGCCAAGUUCUGGACGGAUUCUUGGGAUGGGAGGCUAGCUCUCUCUGAGAGACAAAGUCUUGAGGAUAUCAAACAGGUCACCAAUGCUCAGUGGGGAGAGAAGGUAGGGGAUUUUCUUACAAAAAGUAGGGUUCAUGGGGUAGACCUUUGUGAGUGGAAGGAGGUGGAUAACCUUCCUUUGACAUCACAUCACAAAGAUCUUUUGAAGACCAUCAUGCAGGAGUACACGCCAACCUUAUCUAAUAAGGAAGAUACUCUUAGAUGGUGUGGAUCAAAAUCAGGGCAGUACUAG